CUAGUGCUGUCACUCAGUUGAAUUAUUUCAUUCAUGUAAUCGGGUUGAAGCAGUGAGCCCGGUUUGCCGCCCCGUAACCUGUAUUAAAAAACAUGUCUGUAGUCCCCUAGCUUGCCCUCGCUCUCCUCACCUGUGUCUCCGCGUGAGCGAAAAUGCGUGCCGCGGUGCAGUUUGAUUCUGUAGAGGAGUUUCUCAUCAAAUUAGCAGUGCUAAUUGUGAACACGAGGCUAGACAAAUCCAAGACGUUCCCCUCGGUUGAGCAAAGCGAGUUUUCACGGUGCUAGAAGACAUACAGACAAGUAAAGGAACUGCACCCGUAAGAGUGACGCCAAGUGCUACUACAGGAUGAGUUGUAAUAACUUUGGUAAUCCCUUCACUUUCCAUCUGGUGCCAUCAGCAGUUCAAUAUAUGAAUUCGUCCGAUGCUUCGAUUUAAGACUAAAUACAUUUACAUUUAGUGCUAAUUAGCGAAUGUUAGCAUGCUAAACUGCUAAACUAAGAUGGUGAAUACCAUAAACGUUACACCUGCUUAGCAUUAGCGUGGUAACAUUGACAUUGUGAGCAUGUUAGCAUGUUAGCAUGUUGAAGUUAGCAUUUAGCUCGGCCUCACAGAGCUACCACAGACUCCCGUCUUGUUUUACAAUUGAAAUAUUGUGUGCUGUACAAGGACUGGCACCAACUGGAAAAUAAUGAGAUGCAUCAUGAGAUGUGUACCACAUGAUAAUGAGUUACAUUUCUUGUAACUCCAGAGGCUGAAAAGAGGUGGGGUGUAAUGUGUGCAUGUUGCAUGGUAUUAAAGCAUCUGAUAAACUGCAGGAGUAAAAGCUAAAGAAACUCCAGUGGUGGUUUUCAAACAUUACGUGAGAUUGACAUUAAAAUCGACAUAUCUGUAUGUGGGAAGCUGUGUAAGUGUUGCUUUUGAUCAGUUUUGCUCUUGAAAGCCCCCAUGUUGCUUGUUUUUUCUUGCUCCUGGUGUCAUGCAGCUGACAGUUUGGGACCUGGAUCUUGACUUUGGGACAUGGAGAGAUGCAGAUUAACAAUCCUGUGACAGGGGAUGUGAAAAUGCACCCAGAUACGGAUGCCAACAGUGUGUGACUAAACUUCCUUUGCAGCAGUAGGAAUGCCGUUUGGGUCCCCUUAAUUAAGUAGAUGUGGCCUGCUAUCAAACCCCUUAGACAAAUAAUCUAAUUUAAUCUAAUAUCAUUUUAGGGAAAGUAGAGCUGUACGGUAAAUUAGGAAAUGAAGUUAACAUUUACCGAACAUUUAACCAUCAUCAAUAACAGCUUUGCAUCACGUGAUAGACUGGGAACAUGUGAUAGUUAUGAAAGCUUGCCCUCACAAAACAAACAUUUGGUGUUAAAAUUAGAGGGAAAGUAGGCUGGAGAGGGCAAGACAUAACUGAGCUAUGCCCUGGAGACUGGAUUUUUAUCUCUUCACUACCUCUGAAUCCAGUGGCUGAAACAACAGGCCAGAGCAAACAGUAAGUAUUGCCUUGAAGAAUUUGCUCCCUCAGCUAACCUGUAGACCAAUCUCAGUAAUUCACAUCUCUGUUAUAAUGCUUUUUCAGGCUCUGAAAAAGGUGUGUGUGUUUGAGAGAGACAGAGAAAGAGAGAAAAGAGUUGUCUGAAGGGAUAUCUCCUGCCUGCCAGAUGCUGGAUGGUCAGCUGCUGUUACUGAUGUAAUUGGGUUCACAUGAGCUGCUGGAAGUCCACCACCUGAGCCUAUAGGCUGAAGCUGACAUGGCUCCAGAAAAGGAAAGUAAUGGCCUUGAUAACUAUGCAUUUGCACUUGAAGGACGCUUCUGUGAUCUACCUGACAAAAAAAAUGGAGGGGAACUGAACUCCCUCACGGAUGGCCACAACAACAAGCUUGCGUAUUGUGUAACAGAUGUUCCUCCUUGGUACCUGUGCAUCAUUCUAGGCAUCCAGCACUGUUUGACUGCAUUUGGAGGUAUCAUCGCCAUCCCGUUAAUCUUGUCUCAGGGGUUGUGUCUGCAAUAUGACGGCCUCACACAAAGCCACCUCAUCAGUACAAUCUUCUUCGUCUCUGGCAUUUGCACUCUGUUGCAAGUUACUUUUGGCAUCAGGCUGCCCAUCCUUCAAGGUGGCACAUUCACAUUGUUAGCCCCCUCAAUGGCAAUGCUGUCCAUGCCAGAGUGGACAUGCCCUGCUUGGACCCAGAAUGCAAGCCUAGUCAACACCACCUCCACAGAAUUCACAGAUGUGUGGCAGAGUCGAAUGAGAGCACUCCAGGGGUCCAUCAUGGUGGGCUCGCUCUUCCAGGUGUUCAUUGGGUUCUCCGGCCUUAUCGGCCUCUUCAUGCGCUUCAUUGGACCUCUCACCAUCGCUCCCACCAUCUCUCUCAUUGGACUGUCCCUUUUUGACUCAGCUGGAAUGAGUGCUGGGAACCACUGGGGCAUCUCUUCCAUGACCACUGCACUGAUUAUCCUGUUCUCACAGUACCUCCGUCACAUACCUGUGCCCUUUCCUACGUACAGCAAGGACAAAAAACUGCACACCUCCCGUGUAUACGUCUUUCAGAUUCUCCCUGUUUUGCUUGGAAUCACUUUAUCUUGGCUCAUCUGUUACAUUUUGACAACCUACAAUGUGCUACCUGCUGAACCAGACCAGUAUGGUUAUCUGGCACGAACUGAUCUAAAGGGAGAUGUUAUGAGCCAAGCUCCCUGGUUCAGUUUCCCAUACCCAGGUCAGUGGGGGAUACCGACUGUGAGCCUGGCAGGAGUGGUUGGCAUCCUCGCUGGUGUGAUUUCUUCCAUGAUAGAGUCUGUAGGAGACUACCAUGCUUGUGCCAGGCUGUCUGGAGCUCCACCUCCCCCUAAACAUGCCAUCAACAGAGGUAUUGGUAUUGAGGGAAUAGGCUGUCUGCUGGCUGGAGCCUGGGGUACAGGCAAUGGUACCACCUCUUACAGCGAGAACGUUGGCGCUCUUGGAAUCACAAAGGUUGGCAGUCGCAUGGUGAUAGUAGCCAGUGGAGUGUUGAUGGUUGUCAUGGGUGUGUUUGGUAAAGUGGGCGCUAUAUUCACCACUAUCCCAUCACCUGUGAUAGGAGGGAUGUUCAUGGUUAUGUUUGGUGUCAUCUCUGCAGCGGGGGUUUCUAAUCUGCAGUACGCAGAUAUGAAUUCGUCUCGAAACAUCUUUAUUUUUGGCUUCUCCAUGUUCUCUGGUCUGGUCAUUCCUAACUGGAUAUUAAAGAACCCCAAAGCUAUUGCCACAGGUGUAGUAGAACUUGACCAGGUGUUGCAGGUACUUCUGACAACCAGUAUGUUCGUAGGAGGCUUCUUCGGCUUCUUACUUGACAACACCAUUCCAGGAUCAAAGCAUGAGCGAGGCAUCCUCGCCUGGAACAAGGCUCACGAGGACGACUCCAGCAACACACUGGAGAGCGGAGAAGUCUAUGACCUUCCCUUUGGCAUCAGCGCUUACUUGUCUUCCUCUUCCUGGAUCCGGUACAUACCGUUCUGCCCUCCUGGCACGCCCAACUCUCUGGAUGGAUGCGGAGUAGAUGCAAAAUCCCUGGAGCCUAAGCAGCCACUGGGACACCCGGAGCCUGCACAGAUCAUUGUCGGAGUCGCUCUGUAAGUUGUUUACUUGCUUCAGCGUGCCAUUUCGGGGAUUGUCCAAAGACAAUACCAUCAGAGGCAGCUCAGUUUGGACCUUGUGUCCUCUGUUCAAGACACUGUACUGUAACAACAUGGUGCAAAGGAUUUCACAUGACCUUUAGGAGUAACAUUUGCAGAUGACAUCUUGCAUGAGAAUGACUAAUAUAUGGACUUCCUAGUUUUCAUAGGGUUUUUGUUAACUGUUGAUCAACGCAAGCUGACAUUCAUACACUGACCAGCCACAACAUUAAAGCCGUGUGUGUGUGUGUGUGUGUGUGUGUGUGAGAGAGAGAGAGAGAGAGAAAUUUUAAAAACAUUUUUUCUUCGCAGUAAUUUGUAUUCACAAGGCAUAACACUGUUGACUUUAAACAGUGUUUUCUUAGGUUUCUCUGUUAUCAGUCUUUGAGUGUGAUCACACCCAGGUGCUAGGGAACAAACACUGAAAAGACAUGUGAAUGUAAGUAAAUCCAUGAUCAUGGAUUUCAAUACCACAUUCAACCUAUAGAUCCAUUGCAUAUUUCAUGUUUAUACAGUACCUCAUGUUUGAAUCAACUUUUGCUGUGACAAUCAAUAUUUUAAAUAUCAUUUCAUUAUCAGUCCAUGCACUUUACCAAUUUGUGGCGACAUUUUCUGACAGGACUUUUCUCUCAGGCUCCCUAUACGUAGCUGUCAUCAUACAAAAGAUGAUAUUUCUUCAAAGCAUAAACCAGGACUACCCACUGAUCUCAAUGAAUCCUAUAUGCAUUAUAAACUAUUAAUCUGUGCACCAGUA